GGCAACAACCCGGGUAGUUAGUUUGUUAACAGCCGGAAAACCUCCUCCGAUGCCGACACACACAUAAUAAACGGUGGAUUAACAGCGUUAUGAGUCGGUGUUUAAUUCGGCUUUAAUCUGAUCCACCAACCAUUUUAUUUUACUGAGAAAUGUUAGUUAUUGAAACGAUCCGCCCUCUCUUUCCCGCGGUCCUCACUCACUGAAAGUCUGCAGCUACAACAGAGGCUGAGCCCGCUAAAGAGACUAAAUGAGGCCUCGAUGGGAGUCGACCAGACGGAGCCGGAGGUGCCGGCGGACGCGGUGGGGAGGCGGGUGUCCUGCGGCGGGGAGCGGGCCACAGUACGGUACGUGGGCCCGGUGCCACCGACAGCAGGGCUUUGGCUCGGAGUCGAGUGGGAUAAUCCAGAGAGAGGCAAACACGACGGCAGCCACGACGGAGUCCAGUAUUUUACGUGCAGACACCCUAAAGGAGGCUCCUUCGUGCGGCCGGCGAAGGUGAGCUACGGAGUGGACUACCUGACCGCCGUGCAGCAGGAGUACCAGAUCGACUCCGAGGAGGUGCUGCGUGAGGAGAUCUCCAUCUCCUCUAAGAAGCUCAAAUGGUUGGCAGUGGAGGAGCGCAGUUUGGAGACUCUUCCAUCGGUGUUGCUGACUCGCUCUGAUGUGAACGGACCCGGAGCUGACGGAGAAAUCAGGAAAACAACACCAAACGUGCAGUGGUUGGACCUCAGUGGGACUCUGCUGUCCUGCUGGGAGGACGUCAGCGCCAUCAGCCAGCAGCUGGACCAACUGAACGGACUACAGCUCAGCAACAACAGGCUGCGUUUCCCCUCCGACCCCUCGGCUCACCUCCAGGCGUUCGGCAGCCUCAGAGUCCUCGUCCUCAACAGCUGCGACCUCACCUGGCCGCAGAUCCUGGAGUGCGCCCCCAUGUGGCCUCAGCUGGAGGAUCUGUCAGUGCAGGAGAACAACAUCACGGAGCUGCAGAGGCCCGACGGAGUCCUGCAGUCCCUGAAGAGUCUCAGUCUGUCCUCCAAUCCUCUAGUGCAGGAGACUGUGCUCAGUAUAGCUGCUCUGUCCAGACUGGAGGAUCUGGACUUGUCGAGGACCGGACUGUCUGAGCUUCGGUUCGAUGACGCCGCUCCCGGAUCUCACACAGCCAUGUUCCCGGCACUGAGGAAGCUCAACCUCGACCACAACAACAUCACAGAGUGGAGUGUGGUGGACGAGUUGGCGAAGCUCUGUAGUUUGGUUCAGUUCUCGUGUCGCCGUAACAAACUGGCGAGCAGCGAUGGAAACCCUAAAACAGCUGAUCAGCUGCUGAUCGCUAAACUGGGUGGACUGGAGGUUCUGAAUGGCAGCAAGGUGCAUCCCGAGGACAGGAAGGGGGCGGAGCUCGACUACAUCAAGAUGUUUGGAGAGGAUUGGCUGAAGGCGGGCGGGGGGGCUCAGCCUGGCAGCGAGUUCACCUGUCAGCACCCACGUUACCUGAGCCUCAUCCACAAGUACGGAGCUCCUGAGGAAGGCGAGCUGAGGAAGCCGAAGCCGUUUGCCCUGAAAAACCAGCUGUUAAAGAUCACGUUUGUGUGUCCAGACGACGGCGAGCGGAAGCCGAUCGAGAAGAAACUUCCAGCCUCCAUGGAGGUCCAGAAGGUGAAGGGACUCCUGUACCGACUGCUGAAGGUUCCUGCUGCAGAUCUGAAGCUCACCUACACCAGCCUCAAGAAAGUUGGGACGGAGUUUGAGAUCGACAGCGACCUGAAGACUCUACAGUUUUACUCCAUAGAGGACGGAGACCAGGUGUUGGUCCGCUGGUCCUGAGCCGGGACCUGGACCCAGGAGGUGAAGAGCCCCCCCCCCCCCCUCUGGUCCACAGUCCAGAAAGACUACGACAGAAAUGAAACCACACAGAGAAAUCAUCCUCUAACAUUUAGUGAAUAAACAAACAGACCUUUCACACUCUGAAUUCUUCCUCUUUGCGUUGUUAUGAUCAGUCGGAGCCAAUAAUCUGCGGCUUUGUGACUUUUAGGGCUCCGACAGACCGGAGAGACGUCCUGGAAAACCUGGAAUAGUACAGGCUAGUCAUGGAAACACCUGGAAAUUGAUUAAAAUGAGCAAAUAUCCUGGAAGUAAUCGGCGUUCGGCCUGCGCUGUGGCGCCUUAAAAGUUAAAAGUUCCUUAAAAUAUCAGGAAAACUCAUCUCUCGAUAUUCACAGGAAAUAAUCUGCGCAGAAUUCAUUAAAAUCCUGAAUAUCCGUAAAAUAAUCAGUUCAGUCACUGAUAGAAACGACAAAAUGAACCUUUCUGUCAGUGAGUAAACUGACUGUAUUUCAUAUUAUAUUCAAUGUGUAUCAAUAACAACAAGAGAUGUUAUUUUAUGUUUCUGUUUAAAUCGUCUGACAUUGAAAUUCAAAUAAAAAUCUGUCACUCA